CGCCAGCAUGGCCUUGCCGCAUGGCAUUUUGCCGGCGCUGCCGCCGGACGCGCUGCAGCACAUUGCGCAGUACCUCGGCACAUCCAACGAGAUGCGCGCCUUUUUGACAGCGCUGCCGAUAGAGUGGUUGACGCCGCCGAUGGUCGCCUUGCUCGAACUCUACGACUGCGUGCUUGAUGGUCGCCUCGUCGACACGAGUGCUGAGCAGCCCGAGAUGGUGCAGCUCUGGCCCAAGUCGCUGCUACCCAGGUUCCUCUUUGAUGGGGGGCGGCGCCGCUCGGAAGCCGAGACGCACCUCGCGGCGCUGCUAUAUGCGUACAUGCCGCUUCUUCCGUACGUUGAGCUACGCCUUGGCCGCACCGUGGCAGACAUCAUUCCGCCAGAGACGAAGCUCCACGUGAUGACGAUUUGCUCGCCAAACGAGCUGGCGCGAGCGAGGACCCUAGGUCGACUUGAGACCCUGGACGUCUUCGUUUACGAUGACACGGACUCUGAUGACGCGAACUGGGCGCCCCAAGACCUGCACCUCGUGCCGACGCUGCGAAACCUCAAGCUGUAUUGGUGCUGUGCCGCGACUGCAGCGCUGCACACGGGCUUUAUCGAAUCGCUCGUCUCGUCGAAUGUCACGCGCUUGAGCUUGCACUACGAUGUCGACGACGAUGCAUCGUGGACCGACGAGACUGUCAACACAUUUGCAAGAUGGAUGCACCUGGCGCCGAUCACGGCCCUCAAGCUCGUGAAGCUCUCUCUCAGGACGCAUCUUAGGGUUCAGUUUGCGACUGCAAUCUUGACGUCACAGACACUUGCGUCCCUCAAAGUGGAGGGCGGCAAUCUGCCCCGCGUGCUCUUUAACCUCUGCAGCCGUUCACGGGACCCAGCCCGGCGGUUUUCGCUUCCAGUGCAGCUCGAGACGCUGGAGACCAAUGUCAGAAACAGCUCAGACGUGGUCGCCUUUGCACUCGCCCUCCGCGGCGCCAACAACUUGCGUCGCGUCUCGUUGUUCUGUGACGUGGGCCUCGACAAUCGUGCCGUACUGGCGUUGCGUCGCGCGCUCAUGAGCCUUGCCCGACUCCGGUCCCUCGAGCUCGGGUGCUGCAGUAUGCCCCUGAUUCCAACGGAGCAGAUGCAACGCCUCGUGGUUCUGGAGCUUCGCCGAAAUUACGCCGGUGACAUGGGCAUUAUUCCACUGGCACAGACACUACCGCAGUGUCAAUGGCUCCAACAGCUCAGCCUCAUCAAUCAAGAGUGCACACAUCUCACAGCCCAAGCACUUGCCGCCGCCAUCCCGCACUGCCCGUCGCUCAAGGUCCUCGAUUUGUCCUUCAACGAGGUGGGCUCGGAAGGGUUGAUCGCUCUUCUGCCCAGUAUCGGGUCGCUGGACGUCCUCGUCCUCCAAGCCAACGACGUUGACGCCGAUGGUGCGUACGUGCUUGCCGACGACAUCGACGCGACGGCCCACCUGACGCAGCUCGACUUGUCGGGAAAUCCUAUCUCGGAAGAUGGUGUUUUGAGUCUCAUCGAUGCGAUCGGGUCAUCGCUUGUGCUUCGCCAUGGCGUGCUCAACCUUUGCGAGACUGUUGACGACGAAGACGAACGAGAAAAUUGCGCGGCGUUUGCCGACGAGCGACUGCCAAUUCGCGCUUGGUGCAAGCUGCAAUGAGCCCAACGAUGCGACAACCUUGACGAUGAAUUCCAUACAUUACUGGAUCAAGAGUCCUUGCUACAGUGAACAAUCUUCA